AUGGUGCGGUUAAGGGAGAUUCCGCGAACUGCGGCCUUUGCAUGGUCGCCAGAUGCGAACGCACCGUGGGUCGCGACCGGUACCAAGUCCGGUGCAGUCGAUGUCGAUUUCAGUAACGAAACAUGCCUCGAGCUGUGGGAUUUGGCGCUGGACGAUCAGGUUCAGGGCCAGGAGCUUAAGCCGGCUGCCACGAUCAAUACAGAGACUGGUUUCCACGACUUAGCCUGGACCCCAGCCGAAGGACGUGAGCGAGGCAUCGUGGCCGGCGCUUUAGAUAGUGGCUCCCUUGGUCUCUGGGAUGCCGCAAAGAUCACGAAUGACCCCGCAAAUGCCUCUAUUGCUUCAGAGAAGAUUCAUACUGGUGCCAUUAAGGCUUUGCAGUUCAACCCGAAGAUCUCCAACUUUGUCGCUACUGGUGGCGUCAAGGGUGAGCUGUUCAUCACAGAUUUGAACAACCCCGGUGCACCAAUACGACUCGGAAGCACUGCGGCGCGGGCGGACGAUAUUGAGUGCUUGGACUGGAACAAGAAGGUGUCCAACAUCCUGGUCACUGGCAGCAGCGGUGGGUUUGUCACAGUAUGGGACAUGAAGACAAAGAAAGAGAGCUUGACGCUCAACAACAAUGGUCGCAAGCCAGCGAGCGCCAUCGCGUGGGACCCUCUCAAACCCACAAGACUGAUCACAGCUGUUCCGCUUCAACAAGAUCCGAUCAUCCUCGUCUGGGAUCUGAGAAACUCGAAUGCGCCAGAGAAGGUAUUGCGUGGCCACGAUUCUGGGGUGAUGUCUCUCUCUUGGUGUCCCCAGGAUCCGGACCUUCUGCUAUCCAGUGGACAGGACAAUCGAACCAUCUUGUGGAACCCGCAAACUGGAACUGCAUACGGCGACUACCCAGUUGUGACCAACUGGACGUUCCAGACUAGGUUCAACCCUCAUAACCCCAACUUCUUCGCAACUGCGUCUUUCGACGGCAAGAUCCAGGUCCAGUCUCUUCAGAACACGAACCCUAGCCAGACGACAGCAGAACAAGAUCAGGCCGCGGACGGUGAGGACUUCUUUUCCAAAGCUCCUACACAACCUCAAGCGUCUUCCUUUUCGUUAGAAAAGGCACCGAAGUGGCUCGAGCGACCAACUUCUGUCGUUUUCGGCUUCGGUGGCCGCCUGAUUACAGUUAGGCCUGUCGAUUCUACCAAAUCUAGAGCUUCCAAGAUUGACAUCACGAAGUUUGAGGUUGAUUCAAACGUGGGCACCGCUACAGAAACUUUUGAAAAGGCUAUCGGUUCUGGGAAUCUUGUAUCGUUGUGCAACGAGCGAGUUGAAUCGGCUAAGACUGAUGAGGAGAGGGCAGACUGGAAGGUCAUCCAGACGCUUGUAUCCAGCAAUCCUCGUGCAGAGCUUGUGAAAUAUCUAGGCUUCGGCGAUUCUGAGAAUGGUGAUAUCGAUGUGGUGCAAACACCUGCCAGACUCACUGCGGAUGGAGCCGACGAGAAGCCAACUGUCAAUGGAGCCGGAGCCGGCAGAGGUCACAAGCGUUUCCAGUCAAUUUGGGCCAACAGUGCUGAUGGCGAUUUCCUGUCAGAGCUCGCUGCAACCAAAGGCACUAAAACUAAUAAUCCUUUCCAGCUCUACACUGGUUCGGAGUCCGAGGCUGACCGGAAGAUCACCCAAGCACUUAUCCUUGGCAAGUUCGAGCAGGCCUUGGAUGUAUGCUUGAAGGAGGACAGAAUAUCUGAUGCAUUCAUGAUCGCUAUCUGUGGCGGCGAGAAAUGCAUAAAGAAGGCCCAGGAAGCGUACUUCGCAAAGCAAGAUGGUGGCCCAAACUAUCUCAGACUACUGGCCUCUGUGGUCGGCAAGAAUUUGUGGGACACUGUCCACAAUGCUGAUCUUGAGAACUGGAAGGAGGUUAUGGCAACCCUUUGCACUUUCGCUAGUGAGAAAGAGUUCCCUGAUCUGUGUGAAGCUCUGGGCGAUCGUCUUGCGGAACAGAUCUCUACCAGCUCUGCUGCCCGCAAAGAUGCCUCGUUCAGUUAUCUGGCUGGAUCCAAGCUCGAGAAAGUUAUUUCCAUUUGGAUCGAGGAGCUCAAAGAGCACGAAGAGUCUGGGAAUGCAGAUGCGGACGCUACCUCGGCAUACUCUUUGCACGCUCGCGCGUUGCAAGAUCUCAUCGAAAAGGUCACGAUUUUCAGGAGUGUCGUGACCUUCAAGGAUCCCGAGUUGACCAAAACGGGCGACUGGAAACUGGAGGCUCUGUACAGCAAAUAUCUCGAGUACGCCGAUGUUGUGGCUGCCUCUGGCCAACUCGAAGUGGCGCAGAAGUAUCUUGACCUCCUACCAACCACUUAUCCUGGCGCAGACGUAGCACGGACUCGAAUCGAACAAGCGACCAAGAGAAAACCUGCGGCUUCCGUUGCUACUGCUGCUGCUGCUAUGCAGCAAGGUACCACUCCCUCGAAAGGCAGGUCAACGGCUCGCCCGGGGUAUCCUACACCACAGGACAUGUUCUCUGGAGCUCCAGCUCCGGCGCCGACACCAUACGCACCACAAGCUCCUAUGUCAUAUGGCCCACCUACGCAGUCAGCGAAUCCAUACGCGCCACCUGCCGCGGCGCCCUCCUCUGGGCCUGGUAACCCCUACGCUCCGCCUCCACAAUUUCGAGGAUCGCCAUCAGCUGGCCCUGGUUAUUCGAUGCCACAAGCUCCGGGCAUUGCUCCUCCGCCGCGACAGUACAACCAAAGCCCAUCUCUACCGCCUCCAUCGCAGGCAAAGAGUAUGGCGAGCUGGAACGAUGUGCCCGAAGAUUUUGCGAAGCCGACUUCUCGCAGAGGCACUCCUGCCAAUUUGGCGCAGCCUCCUGUCGCUUCGCCCUUCGGACAGCCCAGCGCACCGGGGGGCAUUCCUCCCCCAAUGGCUCCUCCGUUGGCGAGCAGAGGCAAGUCCCCACUGCCACCGCCCCCGAAGGCGAGUGCUCCUCAACGGGUCGCCUCGCCUUUGUCGGGUCAGCAGAACCAGGCGUCGUUCGAUAGACCACCGUCUGCUGCUAGCAAUCCAUAUGCACCACCAGCCCCAGUUUCAUCGCCUCCAGUCGGUCAGAACAUUGCAUCGCCACCAAUUGGAAGAGUCGCUUCUCCGUACAAUGCUCCACCUUCAGGAGCGCCACCAUCUAAUCGCUAUGCCCCUGCUCCAGGUUCGCAGUCAACCCCACAGGCUCCGCCACCUGGCUCUAGACCUGCACGCCCGAGCCCAUAUGCUGCUGCACCGCCGCACCAACAACAGCCAUCCGCAGCUAUUCCUCCUCCACCUCAGCAGCAGUUUUCUGCCGGUCCUCCGCCAUCGCAACAGUUCAGCUCUGGGCCACCUUCAGCCGGAGGCCCUCCACAGCAACAUGUUGAGCGUCCGGGCACUGCUGGCUCCGAGAAGAAGGCGGCGCCGCCAGCUCGGAAAUACCCCAAAGGCGACCGCUCUCAUAUUCCAGACUCUGCCCAACCCAUUUUCAGCGUCCUGUCUCAGGAAAUGGAGCGAGUCGAAGCACGUGCCCCAGCUUCAUUUAAACCUCAGGUCAACGACACCAAAAAGCGUCUCGACCUUCUCUACGAUCAUCUCAACAACGAGGAACUUCUCAAGCCUGACACCGUUCGGCAGAUCGUGGAGCUCUCUCAAGCUUUGGCUGGUAAAGACUACACACGUGCGCAGGAGAUCCAGCUGGACGUGCACCAGAAUAAGGUCGACGAGUGUGGCCAGUGGAUGGUUGGUGUGAAGCGUUUGAUUGGUAUGAGCAGGGCUACACCCUAG